CAUUGGGUUAUGCGCGACUAGUAGGGAAAGAGAACAGACGGGGUAAACCUGUCUAGUGACGUCAUUAAUUCCACGCUGGCUGUCAUGGCUUUCACAUCGAAGUGUGCGGCGUAACAUAUUGCAAAAUUCGGGCGCAAACUUGUACAGUUCUAGUUUUAAGUGCGUGAAAAGUGCAAUUCCCGUCAAAUACCUCAAGAUAAUGCAAAAUGUUUAACCCGGACCUCUCCCAGAUUUUUAAGGCUGACGAUGGGCGGUACAAUGAAAUGGAGAAUGUGGAUGUUAUGCUGAAUUACGACAACAACGAAUUCAUGAGCUCGGAUUUUUUCGAUACGAUUAGGUCCGUGGAAAAUGGAAUCCAAGACGACUUUCUUAACAGUUCGGCCGAAGAGUUCAACACUGCUUCGAGCGACACGAGCUCACACAUAGAUGGCUAUAUUUCGCCAAGAAAUGAUAUUUCUGAGAGCGAAAGGAGCAGCAUUUUUACAGAUGAGUCGGUUUCUCCACUCAGAACGGUGGAUGCUAUUGAUGAUUCCUUAUUUGAUUUUCUACAACCCGUACAAAAUAGUUUUGAAAUUGAACCCACACCUGUCAUUAUAAAUCCACCAAAACCGAGAACGAAAAUCAUUAUACAAAACCCCGCCAACAAGAAGAUUAUCAAUAAACCUAUAAUUAACACUCCUAUUAAAAAAAUCGGGAAAAAGCAAAUCCUGAAAGUCCAGUCAUUGACAACCAACGGCAAGCCGGUAAUACUCCCUUAUGGUUUAAAAAGUAUAAAAAUUCUUAACGCUAGUGAGUUAAAAACCGAGAGAAUCCAUGUAACUACUCUUCCAACUAGUUCAGUAUGUAGACGUAAAGUGGAACCAACUAGACUUAAAGAGGAGCCAGAACCUACGGUGCCCGUGGGGGAGCUAUCCGAGGUGAAGCUAACUUCAGAAGAGAAGCGUCUAUUGGACAAAGAAGGAAUUCAGCUACCUGCCUACCACCCCUUGACCAAAUUAGAAGACAGAGAGUUGAAGCGCAUACGGCGAAAAAUCCGCAACAAGAUCUCAGCCCAAGAUUCCCGUAAGCGCAAAAAGGAGUACGUCGACGGACUGGAAGAGAGAGUCCGCCGGGGUUCCGAAGAAAACAGAAACUUGAUGCAGAGGGUGAAGGAGUUGCAGAAGAAAAACAAGACGUUGAUGGCGCACAUUAACAAACUACAGUCGUUGAUAUUCAAUUCAACGUCGUCAAAAGCCACACCUUCUACCUGUCUCAUGAUCGUCAUGCUGUCAGUUCUGUUGGUUUCCCUCCCCAACAUUCGUUUGUCACAAAUGAAUAAAGAGUUAUCUACAGAACAAGAACAGGUAACUAUCAGCAGAUCUCUCCUGUCGACCAAGAAGGUAGAAGACGACGGGCUCAACAUGGAAGAGUUCUUCAUUUUCAACAAAGAUGAAGACGGUGUUGACAACGAGAACAACACCGAGAACGAGUUCUUCAAGGCUAUUGAAGAGAUGGAAAGCAAGUACGAGAACAUGAACUUCGAGCGGGAUAAUUCUGAUGACAAUUUCUUUAACUCGUUGGUGAGGAACAUCAAGAAUUUGUUCAAUAAGAGCGAGUUGGGGUCGUAUUUUGAUGCCGACUAUGGCGGGUUUCAGAACAAGAAGGGGUUCAUUGAGCCGGAUAUCGAUGACUUAGAUGGCGGCACUGUCACGACCAACUCUGAACCGCCUACCAAGAAGAUGAAACUUGUCGAUGAACACUAUCAUCAAAACGACGAGAACUUUGUACCUUUGGGGAAAGUUAUUACUACUACUACUGUUCAUAAAAAUGCUGUGGGGGAGAGUAAGGAUAAAUAAAUUUGUCUUCAUGCUUCAUUUUAAACUAUGUAUUUUAACUGGUUAUGUAAUAGUUUGCAGUUCUUUUACAUUUUGCAAUUUGUGUCUUACAAUUGUUUCAGUGAAUUCACAUGAGUCAUAACCAAGCUUGAAUAAUUAAUUUAGUUGUCUUAUAGUGUGAUAGUUCCUUUUUUAUAUAUACAUAUAUUAAAUGUGUGUUACUUUUUAAUCACGUGGCUGGUGGAAAGUAACUUAUUAUUUUCAUAUAGAUUUUAAAAGUUUGCAUUCCAAUACCACACCGUUACCCAUGAAUCCGUUGCAAGAAAGAUAUCUGUAUAAUUUGAAGAGUUUGGCAGUGUUCAGAUUUGAAAAGUGUACUAAAAUAGACUGUGAAUUUUAAUCUAUGAGAUUGUUAUUGUAUUUAUUCAGUUGUAAGUUUUUUUCAGACAGAUUUUUAUGAAUAGGAUUUUCCAUCCUAUUUCUAUAUAGACGUUAUCAAAACAUGGUUUAUUAUGUAAUGUCUUAAAUUACUAAUAAAUGUAUGUUGCAAA